AUGUCUGAACUCAAACAUGUGCUUUCAUUUGCGUUUGAUAAAAUUCUGAACCAUGCCACUCCGUCAAGCCUUACCAAUCAUAUUGAUAAACCUAACAACCUUUCUCCUCCACUUCUUGGUACAUCAUCAACACCUCCUCCGAUAACGAUACCAUCAACACCUCCACCUCUUCAGCAUAAAAUUCUCUCCAUUGAUGCAGGCUCCUCGAAAUUCAAAACUUGUUUUUUUGACUUGGAACAUAAAGAUGCUUUCCGAUGUGAUGAUGGAAGUAGUGAUAAAAAAGCAAUGUACACGACGAUUGCUUUGAUUAUUAACAUGUUGGACCAACAUUCACAGAGAAUUCAAAUUAUUAAUCAUCCAUAUCCGCUCUCUCAUCAUGUUUCAUUGGCUAGAGGAGAGGUUUUUGUGUUUUUUUAUAAUUGGAAGAAUAUGAUGUUUCCCAUCUCGGAAAUCAUGACUGAUGAAUUUGUGAAUCGAGAAAUGAAAAGACAAUCGAAUUUUGUUGUGUGUGAUGAAAGGACGCUUUUUAUUAAUUCGGGCAAUGUAGAAAUAACAUCGGAGGGAGUGCAAGUUACAAUAACGCCCUCCCAUGUUCGCAAAGCCAAACAAACAGCACCUGAAAAUUCGAUGCUCCAACGUCAUGAGGGAGAAAAAAUAUUAUUCUCAAAGAAGGAUAUUGUGACAGAGCUCUUUAAAUAUUGCUUUAAUUCUCACAUUCAAUUGCCGAACGGAGUUUCAUUGAAGGACUGUGAAAUUUAUGUUUCCAUUCCAUCCAAGGUUCUGUUCAGAGAUCGUGAAGUAUUUCGAGAAAUUAUUUCAACAAUUUCACAAAAUACUAGCAAUGUUCAUGUGGUACGGGAAUCUGUGGCUCUUUGUUACUAUUUUCAUUAUGCAUAUUAUGGAAAUGGUCAUCAUUUUAAAACAUCAUUAACAAUGAACGAAUCAGCAACAGAGAUUGGAGAGGCUGUGACAUUGUCACAAUCCGUUUCCACGAAAGCAGUAGCCAUUGAUAUAGGUCAUUACUCAUCCGAUGUUGCUGUUGUGGAGCUUGAAAAUGAGUACAGUAUCAAUAUGACCAGUGCUUAUUGUUUGUAUCAUGGAGGACACAAAGUAACGGUUGAUAUUUUGAAAAAUAUUUUACAUCCUGACGCUUUAGAAGAGUUGAAAAAGUCUGAAGAAAAAUUUUGGAGAGAGGUCUGUAAAAUGAACGAAUGUAAAGAAACGAUAUUCGACCUCGAUACGAAAUGGGAUCUUGACAACCAACAAGUUAAAAGUGGUCAGGAUGGAUGUGUCAUUGAUGAUGUUUUUUUAUCCUCAGAAAAUAUUAAGCAAAUUCUAGAUCAAAAUUUUUUAGACAUUGUCGAAUUGUUGAAAAAGCUUGUCGAUUCUAAUUCAAGCAAGUAUUUAAUUCUAGGUGGGCCAGUCUCUAAAACUAGAUUAUUUAAGAACUAUGUGAAAAGUUUUCUUCAUAACACUCCAUGUGAAAUUAUUUUCACGAAAAAUCUAUAUGAUAUUUGCAUUGGAACCUUCCUUUACGCUGCCAACAGUAUUUCACAGCCCAUAUAUAAUAAUUCUCAAGUGAGCAGUGUGGAGAGCAUUGGCAGUUCGACCAGUAUUUUAGCGUCACCAUCAAAGAUUCGAUUUGUGAAUUCUUCUCCCAUUGAUCAUGUGUUUUUAUUUUGCAUGAAAGAUAUUGUUUGUACCAAAGUACCCAACUAUAUCAAACGCCGAUACAAAGGCAUUUCACUCGAAAUGUAUAACCAAAUGAUUGAAGAUGUUUACGGCCUUGAAAAAACAAGACGGCUUAACAUGUACAAUUUAGAAGAUCAAAACGUUCUCGAUGUUGAUACAAGACAGGAGAGACCAACAAGUCCCAUGGUUUCCUAUCUCACUCUUGACACAGACGCCUCAUUUAUUGAUUUUGAAAUUUAUAAUGCCACUCUCGCCAACGAUUCCAUUUUGAAACAAAAGAGAGACAUGGCUGUGAAAGGAUACUUUAUUGAUCCGAGUCGUCAAAGAAAUUAUCGAAGAAUUUACACGGCUGAAGGAGCUAAAAUUUUCGGACUCGACGAAAUGAAUUUUAUUCGACGAGUGAAAAUUACAGGCUUUCCUAAAUUUAGUUCUCGUAAAAAAGAAUUGACCAAACUAAUGGAAAAUUGGGGAUAUACUGAUGAAGAAAUUGAUUUUAUUUUGAGUAGUUGCCGGGUGGAUUAUCAAAUCAGCGGAGAUGACAAUCUUUUAAUUCAAUUUUCAAAUUUAUUGGAAACUAUUAAUUUUAAUCCUCUCGAAAUUCACACAAGUCAUGUCAUUCCAUGUACCAUUGAAGAUGCAUUGUCUGACGAAGUGUCAGAAGAAUUCGAUCAACAAGUCAAAGAACUUGCCGUAUCGAUCGAAUUGAGCCAUAACGCCGUUGAAACUUUGAAAAAGGAAAAAUCCGUUUCUGCAUUGCGCAAUGCAUCCACAACCUCCAAAACAAAAGUACUUCGUGCGAGAGGAAUUGACAUUAUUUCAAUCAUUAAUGAACAUUUAGCGAGUAGUGGAACCACUUCCAGUAGUGGUGGCACUAGUCAUGGCAAUAGUCAACAACCUUCUGAAAUUCAUGUCAAACACGAUCUUGUACAUGAACCAACGGAUCAGUUCAAUUCAUCAACAUUGGAAGCAGUAUCUGAGAAAAACAAAACCAGUCCAGAGUUGCUCUCCAACACAAGUCAUUCUGAAGUGCUUUCAAAUCUUCAAAAGAGGAAACGAAAUGUCUAUGAAAAUGACGAUGAUGAUGCCUUUCUUCUUGCCUCGGGUAGUGGUGUCAGUCAUUUAUUGCUACAAGCAGACAACAACAAGAAGAAGCCAAUGAAAUGA